AUGGUGCGCGCCAAGGCCAAGGCCAAGGCGGAGGCCGAACCCCCGCCGACUUCGGAGGUGGCCAGCGCCGAAAGCAAUGGCAUUAACAAAGAGUUCCUGGCCGAGAUAGCCGUGCUGUAUGAAAAGAUUUGCAGCCACGAAGUGUUUCGCGACCUGCGGGACGCGGGGGCCCUGGACGUCAGCUCGGCGGCCGAGGAGGGUGCUGGCGAUGGGGAUUUGGAGACGCCUGCCAAGCGCGCCCGCAUGGCAUCCAGGAGCGGCGGUACUAAGAAGACGAGCCAGCGCAGCAACAUCCAUGGAAUGCAGGCGGCCUUUGAUCUCGCUGAGUACCAGACUGCAAUGAAACUUCACGGGACCUACCGCUGCGGCGGCAACGAGUUAUGGUUGGAUUUCUGGUUCACCGCGCAGCCAGGGGUGCCCUACAACAAGACUAGCAUUCUCCAGCUCGCCGAGAAGAGCUUCUUUGAGCCCAAACAGUGGACGGGCACGAACGUGGCAAUGGUCCCAGACCUGGCGCACAAUCCGAUGGAGCAUCAGGGCGCCUUGCGCAGGCUCUCGCCCGAGGAGGUGAACUUCGCGCGCAUAAUCGGCAUCGCCAAUGCCAUAGACAGGGGGGCCUCCAAAGAUGUGCUCGAGGCGUUCAAGGUGGACCUCCAGUCCGCGGCGUUCCAGUUUGAGCUUCACGAGGGCGGCAUUGACAACCCGUCCCACACGGCGAUCCGCAGGUCAAUCAAUCUUCGAGAGCAGAUGCGGCAGACGGCGAAGGCGGUUGGCCGCGACACCCUCCAGCGCAUUUUCGAAGUGCUGCGGAUUCGGAGGCUCAUGGAGCAGAGCCGCGGAGCGGGCAAGGUUUCCAACGAGGCGCUGGCGCAAUACUACGAGAACGAGAUUAACUUGAGCACGGAGUCAGAGGCGGUGACCUCCACAUUCAUCAACCAGACAUCGGUCGUCUACAACAACAUCCUCAAGGACGGGAAAAACCUUGCCAUCCUGCGCUCUCUGUCCGAGCAGUACGGCCAUAACAACCCGCUCAACAGCAUGACUAAGCUGAACACAGUGCUGACGAAGUGCGAUAAGCAGCCCACACUGAUCACUUGGGUCUUGGAGAAGAUCCGUGACGUUGUCACUAGCGGCAUGCUCGACGUUGGCGAGGUCUCCAAUCGCGCUCUGAAAGAAUCAGCUGGCGGGCACAAGGGCUUGGUGGACCUCUUCGUGAUCAAGAAGCAGCUGUUGGUCUACCUGCUGGCGACGGACAUCGACAGGCGCCUGCGCGGCUCCGGCAGUUCAAAGCGCAGAGACGAGAUCGUCGACCUGCUGGGCAGCCACUCAAAGUACAGGUCCAAGCUGAGCCCCAUCGGCAAUGAGCCCGACCUGACGUUCCUCGCCGAAUACAAGGACAGUGAGAAGAUGACCAUCCGCGCCUACGAGAACCUCAUCUACGGUACGGAGUUCGACGCCCAACUGCGCUACUGCGCGCGCCUCAAGAAGACGCCGGAUGAGAUCGUCGAGACCGAUGCCAUCAAGGCCGAGCUUGACAGGAUCGACGCCCAGGUGGCCUUGGAGCUGGCCGUUGACGACGUGGCACAAGCUCAGCAGCACGGUGUGGCGGGCAGCAGCGGCGCGACGCCGCCGACGGGGAGCGGCGCGACGCCGCCGACGGGGACUACGGGUGCCGUCGCCGAUCUGGGAGCCCAGGUCUCGGAUGACAAGGUGCAGAUGUGGAGGGUCGUCGCGCGCCGCAGGAUCGGCGAGAGCGCCAAGCUGAUUUGCGACAGCGGCAGCAGCGAGGCGGCGCUCGUGGCGACGCUGCAGGCGAGCGAGAUCGCCAAACUGCCUGGGGACGCGUACGGGCACGUCCUGAUACACUGCGACCUGGACCUGCUCACGGAAUCCCAGACGGCGCCGCGCACUCGGCAGCCGCCGGCAAGGAAGCCCCAACUAUCGCGCCUGAUCAAUUCCGUCAUCGCCUUGCGCAAGGCCGCGAACCCAGAUGACAACGGCUGCAAACUCAUCAGAGGUGAUGUCUUCCUCUUCCGCGACGGGGGCAAGCGUACCAUCGCCGAUUUCGUCAGCAAGCAUCUCGUCGCUGGCAGAGGCAGGUGGAACUCUGUGGCGCGGCAGGAAAAUCUCGUCAAGCUCUGGACUCACGUCAUGAUUUCCGAGGACUCCCUGAAGGAGCGCCGCUCGAGGGUUCGCGGCGUAGGGGCCCUCAAGCAGCUGACGGGCCUGCACGCGUGCAUGUUUGCCGAUACCGUCAUCCCCGAGAAGGCGCGGUCCGUCUACAGCGGCACGAACAUGGGUGACGUGUUGGGCCCUGUGGGUUUCCAGAAGUGGGCUGAGUCCUGGAAGUGCCCCCUCGAUGUCAAGAAGGCGAUGUAUGGCGAUAACAUUCGCCCAGUGGGAGGGCGGAACCCUGGUGAUAACGGCGACAGCGACGGCGAUGAGGGCGGGGGCCCGACUACGGCCGCGGCGGCCGCCGCAGAAGACGAGGACGACGACAAGAACCGCCCCAACUUCCAGCUCGACACCGCGAACGGCAAGAAGAAAGCAGAGCCUGGCUUCUGGUGGGCCCUCCCAGUGGCCUACUACAAAGAGGUCAAGCAUUCGUAUUAUGGUCGCCGCAUCAUCGACCUGAGCCCAGGCCCGGGCAAUUUCUUGAUUGCGACGUGGGAGGAGACGCCGCCGACGCCCUACAUCGGCGUCUGCUUCGGGCCGUCCCACCAGGCGGAGCUGCAGGAGCACUUGGUGGACGAGUACCUGGCGAAGAUGUGCACGGAGGGCCACCCGGUCUACAACAAGGACUACGCCAAGUUCAAGAACGAGUCGACGACGACGAGCGCCGCGCCUCCUCCGCCCCCUGAUCCACAGCCCAAGCAGCGCGCCACCGCUGGUGCUAAGCGCGCGGCUGCUAAGAGGGCGGCUGCCUCGGCGGCGGCGGGCGCCGCGGCCGACGCUGAGGCGGAUGCCGAGGCGGGCGGCGACGACGAGGGCGGCGGCGCCGCCGCCGCGGCGGUGAUCAGCGCCACGGGUGGUGGUAGCCUGGAGUCGCUGCUUGCCGGCAUACACUAG